AUGAAUUCUCAACGGCAGGUAUUUAUGUCUGAGAAGUUACUUGCAGAAAUCAGGCAAUAUUGGACCUCGCACUCUUGGCGCCUGACGUGUAAAGGUACCAUCGGACUUGUUGCAUUUGAAAUCUUCUCGUUUGGUAGCAUAGCAGGGCGGUACGAACGGGUUGCUCAAGUUUCGCCUGUUCUUUCCGUGCUUGGGUUUCUCCUCAUUUACGCCGAAUCAGUUUGUCUCUUAUGGCAUUAG